CAUGUUGAAAAACAAAUAUAUCCCUUUUACACCACAUCCGUUUAACAACAUUAUAAAUACUGAUAGUUUUAUGUUGUAUGAAAUGAUAAAAGUAAAACAUAGGAUAUAUCAGAUCUCGGGGAAACUGACAAAAGCAGAUGGCAGAACCAGUAACAGCUCAACCACAACCAAUUGAGGGAACUCUGUUAGUGUCUCCAGUUCAAGGUCAUCGUAAAUGGACUACUGGGCUGUUCGACUGUUUUACUGAUUGCAAGACAUGUGUGAUUUCCUACUUAUGUCUCCCAUGUAUGGUGUGUAAUAUUGCUGUAAAACUUGGUGAUGGCGCCUGUAUGCCAUAUGUGGUUCCUGGUUCUACUAUUGCAAUGAGAACAAGACUCAGAACGCUUGGAGGUAUCCAGGGUACAAUAUGCAAUGACUGUCUGGUAAUGUCAUUUUGUGAACCAUGUGCUAUCUGUCAGAUGUCAAGAGAGAUCAACAACAUGGGCAUAAAAUAACAUACCAAACAUAGUAAAUACAUGGAUAUUAACACCCGUGGUUUUAGUAAAACUUAUCUGUAUUUAAAAUAGCUUUUCUGAAUUUUAGACAUUUGAUUUGGCAGCAGUUUCAGUAACACAUAUGGGUUUGGAAUUUUCUUGACCAAUUAAAGACUUUAUACAAUGUU